AUGGUUGAAGGAAAGGGUUUCCUGGUGAGCUCGGUCACUGAGCUUCACCGCAAAGAGAAGCAGAAGAAGAAAGGCAAAUCCGGAGGAUUCGAGUCUCUAAACCUCGGUCCCAAUGUCUACAACGCAAUCAAGAAGAAAGGGUACAAAGUUCCCACGCCGAUCCAGCGGAAGACUAUGCCUUUAAUCCUCUCCGGCGUCGACGUCGUCGCCAUGGCGAGGACGGGUUCAGGAAAAACCGCAGCUUUUCUAAUCCCUAUGCUUGAGAAGCUCAAACAGCAUGUUCCUCAGGGUGGUGUUAGGGCGCUUAUCUUGUCGCCUACUCGUGACUUGGCUGAGCAGACUCUCAAGUUCGCUAAGGAACUUGGGAAGUUUACAGAUCUUCGUGUUACCUUACUGGUCGGUGGUGACAGCAUGCAAGACCAGUUCGAAGAGCUAACAAAGAGCCCCGACGUGAUCAUCGCAACCCCGGGGAGACUUAUGCAUCUCCUAGAAGAGGUGGACGACAUGUCACUCAGAACAGUCGAGUACGUCGUCUUCGACGAGGCAGACAGUCUCUUCGGCAUGGGUUUCGCCGAGCAGCUCCAUCAGAUCCUCGCCAAGCUUGGCGAAAACAGACAGACUCUCCUCUUCAGCGCCACCUUACCAAGCGCACUCGCAGAGUUCGCAAAGGCCGGUCUGCGCGAGCCCCAGCUCGUUAGGUUAGACGUCGAGAACAAGAUCAGCCCUGACUUGAAGCUCUCGUUUCUAACCUUAAGACCCGAAGAGAAGUACGCCGCGCUCAUAUACUUGGUGAGAGAGCAUAUAAGCUCUAACGAACAGACGAUCAUAUUCGUUUCCACAAAGCACCACGUGGAGUUUGUCAACUCGCUGUUUAAGCUGGAGAACAUCGUUCCCUCUGUGUGUUACGGUGAUAUGGACCAAGACGCGCGCAAGAUCCACGUGUCGAGGUUCAGAGCGAGGAAGACAAUGCUGCUGAUCGUCACUGAUAUCGCUGCUAGAGGUAUUGACAUACCGUUGCUUGAUAAUGUUAUCAACUGGGACUUCCCUCCGAGGCCGAAGAUCUUCGUCCAUAGAGUGGGGAGAGCCGCUAGAGCUGGCCGCACAGGCUCUGCGAUAUCCUUCGUCACGCCUGAGGAUAUACCGUAUCUGUUGGAUCUUCAUCUGUUCCUGUCCAAACCCAUCAGGCCCGCGCCUACAGAGGACGAGGUGUUGAAGAACAUGGAGGAGGUGAUGAACAGAACCAGCGAGGCGAUUGAGAGUGGUGUCACUGUGUACGGUCGGUUCCCUCAGAAGACGAUUGAUUUUAUCUUUAACAAGAUUCAAGAGAUGAUUGAUUCGUCUGCGGAGUUGGAUUCUCUUGAGAGAACGUCCAGAAAGGCUUUUCGUUUGUAUACGACGACAAAACCGGCUCCGUCGAAAGAGUCUAUUAGGAGGGCAAAGGCCUUACCUAGAGAAGGGUUGCAUCCAAUGUUUAAAAGUAUAAUUGAAGGUGGAGAGUUGGAGGCAAUGGCGUUUUUUCAGAAGAUUAAAAACUUCAGACCCAAGCAGACCAUACUUGAAGCAGAAGGUGAAAAUGCCAAAGCUAGAAAUGUGAAGGGUUUGCAAUGGGUUGAUGUGAUGAAGAGGAAAAGGGAAGUUCAUGAGGAGAUCAUUAAUAAGAGACAUGAGCAGAGUCAGAAGACUUCUUCCAAUAAUCAUUUAGAAAUGGAAGUUGAUGAACCUAUUACCACUUCUAUUGAGGACAAGAUAGCUGGAAGCAAAGUAAGCGGUAAGAAAAGAACGGCGCAACAAACUUUCAAGGACGAAGAGUUCUAUAUCAGCUCCAUACCUGUUAACCACCAUUCGGAGGCAGGACUAUCUGUGAGGGGUAACGAAGGGUUUGGAUCAAAUAGAUUGGACGCUGCUGUUCUAGAUCUAGUGGCAGAUGAUGGCCAGGGAAUGAAGCAGCAGAAAACUAAUUAUCACUGGGACAAGAAAAGUAAGAAAUUCAUCAAGUUGAACAAUGGAGAUCGUGUAACAGCCAGUGGCAAGAUAAAGACAGAGAGUGGAGCUAAGGUGAGGGCAAACAAAACAGGUGCAAUAUACAAGAAAUGGAAAGAUAGCACACACAAGAAAGCGUUCAGCCGUGAGGAUGGUGAUGGAGACGACACACCAAGCAUGUCAGGUAGAGGUGGGCGACGCGGGAAGAGAUGGUCAGCAUCAAUGCCUAACGCGCAUGUGCGUUCAGAGAUCAAAGAUCUGGAGCAGGUGCGUAAGGAGAGGCAGGAGAAGGCAAACAAACUGUCUUUUCUGCAUAGCAAGAGAGGUGGUGGCAGAGGAGGAGCCAGGGGAGGUCGUGGUGGAGGAAGGGGAAGCGGCAGGGACUUUGAUGGUGGAAGCGGGAGGGAUUUUGCCGGUAGAAGCAGUAGAGGGGGAAGAGGUGGCGGAAGCAGUAGAGGAGGAAGAGGUGGUGGAUUUGGCGGCGGAAGAGGUGGUGGGUCUGGCGGUGGCCGCGGUGGUAGUAGCAGAGGUGGUAAAAGAGGAGGUGGUGGUGGAGGGAAACGUGGGAGAGGGAGAUAGCCGUGAAGACUGUACUGACGAGUUCAGAAGAAUCGUCAAAACUUUUGAGCCUAUGCGAAACUAUAUUUUACUAAAGUGUUAUGUUACUUACAGAACCAUUUUCUACUCAAAUGUUGUGCAACAAAUUUUUACAUUCUUGUUUGAUUUUCUCCAGCUUU